GACAUCGUGGGGUAUACCAAGAGAUGUACUGGCAUGUCACCCAAGGAGAUUGCAGAUUGGAUGUCGCAAGUGCAUGCUGACGUCGAGCAGCUCCUGAGCAAGCACUUCAUUCGCAAGAUAGAGACUCGGGGUGAUUGCUACGUUUGCGUCUCAGGUACCAACACUGUGGAUGGAGAUCGAGACCAGAACCAGAUGAGCAGGAUGGUCGCUUUUGCUCUUGACGUUGCCGUCGCUUUGCACACAAAUCACGAUACACAAAUCCGCGUGGGGAUAGAUAUCGGGCCGUUGACCAUAACCUAUAUUGAUAGUAACCAUUAUGCUCCUACUGUCUGUGCAUUUGGGGACCCGAUGGUCGUUGCAGGGAAGCUAGAGCAGUGUGGGUCCCCAAGCAUGAUCAGGCUGUCG